ACUGCGCCGCUAGGGUUUGAUAUAUAGGGAGGCAAGACAUCAGCAACCACUCCCCUCCCGUAGAAGCAGCCGGCGCCAUGGUGAAGUAUUCCAGAGAGCCCGAUAAUCCCACUAAAUCCUGCAAAGCCAGGGGAUCAGAUCUCAGAGUUCAUUUCAAGAACACUAGGGAAACAGCACAUGCUAUCAGGAAGCUUCCUCUACAAAAGGCUAAGAGGUAUCUUGAAGAUGUUUUGGCUCACAAACAGGCUAUUCCUUUCACCCGUUUCUGCAGAGGGGUUGGUAGGACCGCUCAGGCUAAGAACAGACACCCAAAUGGACAGGGACGGUGGCCCGUGAAAUCUGCCAAGUUCAUUCUUGAUUUGCUUAAAAAUGCUGAAAGCAAUGCUGAGGUCAAGGGGCUUGAUGUGGAUUCUCUCUACAUCUCUCACAUUCAGGUGAACCAAGCUCAGAAACAAAGACGUCGCACAUACCGUGCUCAUGGGCGAAUUAACCCUUACAUGUCUUCCCCGUGCCAUAUUGAGUUAAUCUUGUCUGAAAAGGAAGAGCCUGUGAAAAAGGAGCCCGAGUCACAAAUUGCUGCCACCAAACCUAGGAAGGCAUAAGCAUUGCUCUUCCAUGUUUUUUUUGUGUGUUUUUGUCAUGACUGCUUUUAAGAUAUGGUUCCUUGGGAUGAUGUUUGUGCUAGAGAGAAUUGUCGGACUUUUUAUGCCUAUCCUAAGAUUCAUCUAUUGUUUCCAAUUCAGUUUUCUUCAUCUAGGCUGUUUUCUUUUUUAAAAUGAGAAUGCUGUUUUGCCUGGCAUUGAAGUAGUCUCCAAACAACCCCAGAUCCCUCCCCCCAACCUGGACUCAUCUCGCCAUGUUGGUAAAUCAUUAAAAUGGACUUCGUUUU